AUGUCUGGCAGAUCCGGCUACGACGCCGUGGUGGACGUGGAUGACGAGGGCGACCUCGGUCACACGGACCUCCAGGAGGACCUCGAAUUCCACAACUCCAACUUCAACGAGACUGCUCCCGGCGCGCGCAAAGCUCCAUCCUCGUCCGGCCUGCCCCUUCCGGCCACGGCGGCCUCGUCAUCCGACUCGUCGAAGAGGUACCUAUGGUCCAUCUCGUUCUACGCCCAGUUCUUCGACGUGGACACGUCAGCUGUCCUGUCGCGCUGCUGGGCGGCCCUGUUCCCCCGCGCCAACUUCCUCGACGUACUCGAGGGGAACCCAGAUCUGUACGGGCCUUUUUGGAUAGCCACCACGGUCGUGCUCAUCCUGUUCCUCGGUGGCACCGUCAGCCAGUACCUUUCUAUGAGAGACAAGGCACCCUUUGCCUAUGACUUCCGUCUUCUCAGUGGCGCUGCCGGUCUCAUCUAUGGCUACACCAUCUUCCUCCCCGCCCUCCUCUUCCUGGCCCUACGGUACUUUGGCAGCGAGCUGGCCAACCUGCUGGAGUGCUGGGCCCUGUACGGCUACUCCAACCUGAUCUGGAUUCCCGUUGCCCUGAUCAGCUGGUCGCCGCUGGAGAUUCUCAACUGGGUCUUCGUCGGCGUGGGCUUCGCCGUCUCGGUCGCCUUCCUCGUGCGCAACCUGUACCCCGUUCUCAGCGCCACGGACCGCCAGGCCAGCAAGGUCCUGCUCGUCAUCGUCAUCGUCCUGCACGCCGCCCUCGCCCUCGCCAUCAAGGUCCUCUUCUUUGCGCACGGGAGUCCCAUUGCCCGCGAGCCGGGGGAGGGUGGCCCCGACAGCAAGGGUGACGACUCUACGCCUUUGUUCUAA